UGAUCUCCUUUCCUUCCCACCUUCCUUUUUAUCGGCUUGUCACCCUUCACCUCCUUUGUCCACUCCAAUAAAAACCAAACUUACCAGAAAGGCGAAAUAAAGCUCAGUCAACUUGCUCUAUCUGCCUCUUCUGGUAAAGCUCUCUCCGGGCUUCUUAGUUCCCAGACGAGUACUAAAAAGGCCAACCCAUCUAACCUUCACACUUCGAUUUUUGUGACCGAAUAGGAAGACAAUUCAAAAGGCUAAUUGCUUGUUUUUCAUUGGGUUGUUUCAAUGGGGAUUUGCUUAAGCGCCCAAAUCAAAGCUGAGGGCACUUGUAACACAGGGGUUAGUUCAAAAUACAAUAGUAGUGAUGGGAAUUCGAGCUGUACUAGCAGCAAGGUCUCAUCAGUUUCGGUUCCUCAUACUCCGAGGAGUGAGGGGGAGAUAUUGCAGGCUUCCAAUUUGAAGAGUUUCAAUCUUGCUGACCUCAAAAUGGCCACCAGGAAUUUCCGCCCUGAUAGCGUCUUAGGGGAAGGUGGUUUCGGUUCAGUUUUCAAGGGGUGGAUUGACGAGAACUCUUUUACUGCUACAAAGCCCGGGACUGGCAUGGUUAUUGCUGUGAAAAGGCUUAAUCAGGAUGGCUUUCAGGGUCAUAAAGAGUGGUUGGCGGAAGUGAACUAUUUGGGACAGUUUCACCACUCUCAUCUGGUAAAAUUGAUUGGUUAUUGCUUGGAAGAUGAACACAGGCUUUUGGUGUAUGAAUUCAUGCCUCGAGGGAGCUUAGAAAAUCAUUUGUUCAGGAGUAAGUUCUGCCUAACUUUACCUUUUGUAAUUGGAAACAUAAUGAUUAUCGACUUAUCGAGUAUGGGAUAUUCAAUGACCACUACAAUUUUUCCUAUAUCAGGGGGUUCUUACUUUCAGCCUCUUUCGUGGAAUCUUCGUCUAAAGGUUGCUCUUGGUGCUGCAAAGGGGCUUGCUUUUUUGCACAGUGCAGAAACUAAAGUGAUAUACCGAGAUUUCAAGACGUCUAAUAUACUUCUUGACUCGAACUACAAUGCAAAGCUAUCAGAUUUUGGGUUGGCCAAGGAUGGGCCAACAGGUGACAAAAGCCAUGUCUCCACCAGGGUAAUGGGAACCUAUGGAUAUGCUGCACCAGAAUAUCUAGCCACUGGUCACCUCACUGCAAAGAGCGAUGUAUUUAGUUUCGGUGUGGUGUUACUAGAAAUGUUGUCUGGCCGGAGAGCAGUUGACAAAAACCGACCAUCCGGAGAACACAACCUAGUAGAGUGGGCUAAACCCUAUCUGGCAAAUAAGAGGAAGAUCUUUCGAAUCUUGGACAACCGUCUUGAAGGCCAGUACUCAAUGGAAGUAGCUCACAAGGCAGCUACACUUGCAUUGCGAUGUCUGUCAACUGAAGGCAAGUACAGGCCUAACAUGGACGAGGUUGUGACAGCUUUGGAGCAGCUUCAGAAUUCUAAUGCAACUGGCGACCAUAAUAAAAGCAACGAAUCCAGGACAAGAACUCGCAGACGAAGUGCCGAUGAUGUUAGUAGUAAUAAGAAGAGCACUAGUUCUUAUCCUCGGCCCUCUUCGUCCUCGCUCUAUGUUUAGAAAUGAAGUAUGAAGAUUUUACAAGUUAUGGUUUUCCUCUACUCAGGUGAAAGAAAAAACAAAAGAAACUAAAGACGCGGGUAUGCAAACACUGUCUCAUGAACAACCCACAUACACUUAUAUAUUUUUCCUUGCGGCUGUACAGUUUCUUAUGUCAAAUUAAUGUAAUCAAAACCAUGUUUCAGGCAGUCUUCUUGAACUUGUAAGUUGUAACAUAUCAAUGGUUCACCUCAUAAUGUUGUACGUCUUCUGUUUUUUUGUUUUCUUUUUUUUACCAAUUGUUUUGAGAAAAUAGAAGUGGCAUUUGUUUUGUAUUAUCACUAUCGUUAAAUAUCAUCGCAUUUUUCCA